UUGGUGGACCAAUCGCGAAUAAUUUCGCAAGGCAUUGUGGGAAGGAUGCCAUUUCCCCCUCCCAAUUUGACCAACUUGGUUUUUUCUCUGAGAACGUGAGGGGGGGGGGGAGUAGUCAAUCGAGGAGAGCUCAUGUCGCGACACGCGUCAGUUUUGCCGAGCGGCCGCAAGCCCCGGGCCGCAAAAUGUGAAGAGCGAGGAUGCCCGCUUCUCCACUGCCCCUUUUGCCCGCUUUAUCAGGGGGAUUACUCAAAAGUGGAGACACAUUUACAGUCGCAUCUGAAAACAGUGGUGCAGCACGGAGACUUGGUGAUGUAUACCUGCAAAUGGGGAUGCAGAAAAGAGUCCCACUACCACCGCUGCGGUUGCACUCUCCCCUUUCCGAGGAAAGAGCAGCCGCUGAGACACCUCAGCGGGCGCCCGCGCCCUCGAACGGCUUUGGCACCUCGAGCCUCAGAAGGCCAGCUUCGGCCACCCGAGGGAGCGGCUGGCCUACGUUUGAAGGUGACAAAGGAAACAGAAGAGACGGGCACUGAACCUCCUGCCGGUCUUGGAUGUUGCCUCCCCAACCGAAUGGAAGAGGACAAGUUUGAACUUAAAAUGGAGACUCCCCUGGUCCCGUGUCGCAUGGAGGCCUUGAACGCCUCGCCGUCCCACUCGGAAGACGAGACCGAGGAAGGAGGCCCGGCGAGCGAAAAGGACGACGACGACCUGGACGAGGAGGAAGAGAUGGCCGCCGCUCCGGCGCCGGCCAGGGACUCGGACUCGGAGGAGAACGUCGGCAGGGGCUUGCGUUUCGCCUCUUUCAGCCUUGACGAGAUGAUGGAUAUCGGUACUGUGGAUCAGCAGGAACAGGAAGCUCAGAUGAACACGGAGGAUAAUAACGGCGGCGCAGAAUUGGAGGAAGAGGACGCAGAAAUCGAGCCGGACGCUGACCCGAAACCCAGCGUGGACGUCAAAGUGGCUGAAGAAAUGGACGAGGAGGUGGCAGAGGAGGAGGAGAAGGAGGAGAAAGAGGUGGCAGAGGAGGAGAAGGAGGAGGAAGAAGUGGCAGAGGAGGAGAAGGAGGAGGAGGAAGAGGUGGCAGAGGAGGAGAAAGAGGUGGCAGAGGAGGAGAAAGAGGUGGCAGAGAAGGAGAAAGAGGUGGCAGAGGAGGAGAAGGAGAAGAAAGAGGUGGCAGAGGAGGAGAACGAGGAGGAGGAGAAGGAGAAAGAUGUGGCAGAGGAGGAGGAGGCGAAAGAGGUGGAGGAGGAGAAAGAGGAGCAGCAGCAGGAGGAGAAAGAGGAAGUGCCUUUCUACGCCACCCGCUCCAAAAGCAAAGCUGCAACAACGUCCGCCGACAUGACCAACGGGAUGAAAGUGGUCAAACUCUCCGCGUCCGCGUCCAGCUCGUCUUCGUCGUCUUCGCCGCCUCUCGUCAAAAUCAAAGACGAGCCCGUGGACGAGGAGUACGAGGUGGCCCUCGUGUCCGGGGCCGCCGCUGUGAAGGACGAACCCGUCGCCGCCAAGGAAGAGGAGGACUUGCAGAUCGAAUCCGUGUAUUCCGUGACUCCGGACGGCGACGGCCGGAGGCAACGGGGAGUCCGGCCGUCGUCGUCGUCGACGACGACUUUGAACAUGUCGUGCGCGCACUGCCGGACGGGGCUGCUCAAAGGGCAGACGGCCUACCAGCGCAAAGGCUCGCCGGCGCUCUUCUGCUCCACCGGCUGCCUCACCUCUUCGCUCAGCUCGUCCAAAAGCACCAAGAACUGCUACCGCUGCCAAAAGCGCAUAUCCCGCCCUCAGGACGUCAUCCUGGCUCCCGACGCGGACGGCGUGUCCAGGGGCUUCUGCAGCGAGACGUGUCUGAACGCGUUCAACCUGAAGAAAAGCUCCGUCAAAGCGCUCGCUCCUUCCGACGACAAACUGCAGUCGCCGUGCAGCAUGUGCGCCAAACACGGCAUCAGCAAGCACGAGGUGAUCCUGAGCGGCACCGUUCACAAUAUGUGCAGCGACUCGUGCUUCCAGCGCUUCCGCACCGCCAACCGGCUGACCAUGGCGGGCUGCGCCAACUGCGCCACCAUCUGCCACGUGAGGCCGCUGCUGCUCAAGAUGGAGGGCAGCAGCAAGACCCUGUGCAACCUCGACUGUCUCAUCAAGUACAAAAAGAAAGUGAAGACGAGUCUGCCGUGCGCCAUGUGUCGCGCCCUGCGGCCGCUCGCCGACAUGGUCCACAACAAAAGCACAGACGACUCCGUCAGCCUCUUCUGCAGCAGCAGCUGCGUCAUGGCCUUCAUGGUCCAGACUGUCAGCUCCUCAGGCGCACAGUUGAACUGCGACAACUGCGGCAAGCGCACUCUGCCGGCGUACCACCUGGCCAUGUCCGACACCACCAUCAGGAACUUCUGCACGCUGUCGUGCGUCAUGACCUUCCAGGAGAAGUUCAAGGUGAAGCAGAAGCAGGCGACCAUUUUCCCCAAGCUGCCGGUGGCGUCCGGGCAGGAGCAGAGCGGCGCGCAGACGCAAGGAGCCGCGCCCGCGCUCUGCUGCGCCCAGUGCGCCCGCCAGAUGACGACCAAGCCCGACGUCAUCCAUGUUAAGGACAAGGUGGUGUUUGUGUGCGGCUGGAGCUGCGCCCUGGAGUUCAAGACCAGCAAAAACGUGAGCGCCAAGUGCGAGUACUGCAAGCUGGACAAGAUCAGCCGAGAGGUGAAGCGCAUCGACGGCAGGGACCGCUCCUUCUGCAGCCACGGCUGCAAGCUGCUGUACGAGCACGACCUGGACAAGCGCUGGGGCAAACACUGUAAGUCGUGCUCGUACUGCCAGUGCGUCUCCCGCAAGCUGGAGAAGGCGCUCUACGGCGAGUCCAGCGAGGAGUUCUGCUCCGAGGAGUGCAGGUCCAACUACACCAUGCUCUUCUGCCAUGUUGCAAAGUGCGCCUCGUGUGGCCGGAAAGGCAAACUGAAGCACAGUCUUUUCGUGCUGGGAGAGGUGCGCAACUUCUGCGACUUGCCGUGUCUGUUCCACUUCUGCAACCUCUUGGUCACGACGCAGGGGGACGUCUUCCCGCCAGACUCGCCCGUCAUCGCCAACGUGGUCUCGCUCGCGGACCAGGCCGGCCCCGCCGCCGCCGCCGACAAGCCCGCCAAGCAACAAGUGGGAGACUAUGAAAUGACUUUGAGGAAACGAAAAGAGGACUCUCACGCUCGCACAGUUCCCCGAAUAAGAGGCGCUGACUCGCAAACUACAGACGCUGACGUGGUCCUUAUUAGCGCCAAACCGGCGAAGAAAGCGACGUCUUCCGCCACCUCCACGGCGCCCAGCACUACGAAAAGCAUGAAGAACAAGGCUCUGCUGUGCAAGCCGCUGGUGCAGAACAAGGGCGUCUCUUGUCGCACGCAGACGCUCGACGUGGAGGCGCAGACGGAUGUGUCCAUACCGAAGAUCAUGGUCCUGCCCGUUCCCGUGCCCGUGUACGUGCCCGUGCCCAUGAGCCUGUACAGCCAGUGCACCCCCAAGCCCGUGGGCGUGCCCCUACCCCUUCCCGUGCCCGUCUUCCUGCCCGUGAACAUGGACAACGCCGACCGCAUCGUGAAUACCAUCAAGAAGAUCAAGGACAAGUACCCGGAGGACCCGUUCGAGGCCGAGGUCGUCCUCAUGGCCGAGAUGGUGUCCGAGACGAACGGGGGCGCGGACCAAGAGACGGAGACGCGUCCCGGAGCUGCUGCCGGCGGAGAGGCGAUGAGCACCUACAGCGACGACCUGAACACGGACGACCUGGCCAACCUGCUGAACAGCUGGGACGAGCCCAGCGCUCCGCCGCCGGCCAUGGACAUCGAAGCCGACUUCCCCGUCGAAACCCUGGAGAGGAUGGCCUCGCUGCGAGAGCAGUCGUCCCCGCCGGCCAGCCCUACGCCCACCGGCUCGCGAAAACGCCAAGCAUCGCGGAAAACCAGAGAGACGAGGGGUCGGAAAAGGUCCAGCAAGGGCACAAAAGGGUCUGCCGCAAAGAGCUCCGUCCCCAAAGUGCCGAAGCUGAAGAGCGAGUACGGCGUGGACGCCUGGAAGCGGUGGAUCCGCUGGAGGGACACUCAGCCCGACGUGGAGACGCCGCGUAUCGGAAUGCGCCCCCUGGUGCCGAAAGAAGACCUCCUCCGCUGCACCACGGCCGAGCUGAGCUACGGCCUCUGCCGCUUCAUCGGCGAGGUCGAGCGGCCCUCCGGCGAGCGCUACUCGGCCGACAGCCUCUUCUACCUCUGCCUCGGCAUCCAGCAGCACUUGUUUGAGAACGGCCGCGUGGAGAACAUUUUCACCGACGGCUUCUACUGCAAGUUCUCCACUGACUUCACCAACAUGCUCAGAGGCUUCCAGCCUUCGCUCACAACCAGCGGUUACAUUCACUCGCGCGUGGAGGAGGAGUUCCUGUGGGACUGCAAGCAGCUGGGCGUGUACUCCCCCAUCGUGCUGCUCAACACGCUGCUCUACUUCUUCUGCAAGAACUUCGGCUUCACCACGCCCGAGCAGCACCGCCAGCUCUCCUUCGCCCACGUCAUGCGCUGCACCAAAACGGGCCAGGGCAACAAAAAGACCACCUUCCUGCGCUUCUACCCGCCCAUCGCGCCCAACGACGGCGAGCCAGAUGCGGACGGCGUUCCGGCGAAGAGGCGAAGGGAGGAGGAUGAGGACGAGAUGAAGGAGGAGAAGAUCCUGGAGAUGAAGGAGAACACGGACAACCCUCUGCGCUGUCCCGUGCGGCUCUACGAGUUCUACCUGUCAAAGUGCUCUGAGACGGUGAAGCAGCGCACCGACGUGUUCUACCUGCUGCCCGAGCGCUGCUGCGUGCCCAACAGCCCGCUGUGGUUCUCGGCCACGCCGCUGGACGAGGACACCAAGGAGGCCAUGCUCACCCGCAUCCUUGCCGUGCGCCAGCUGCACGUGGUCACCAGGCAGCAGACGCUCGCCCCCGAAGAAGACGAGGACGUGCGGCGGCCGCACCCGCCCGCCAGGCAGCGGACUGUCGCCCCCGAAGACAACGAGGACGGCGGCGGCAGCGAGGACGACGGCGGCGGCGGCGACGACGACGACGACGAUGCCGCCGCCGACGACGACGACCCCAAUGACCCCAACGACCCCGACUGGCAAUGACCGGCCAGCGAACUUUCAGCGGUGAGGCGGAAUCAAAAGUUUUGGGUUAGGACAAGACUUUCUGUGACACUAAAGGCAGGCAGCAAAUCACCCGCAGACCUUCUCAAAAUGUCUUUGUGUGGGAGGCAUCACAGUUGGAAUUCCAUCAGAAGCAUUUUUUGGUUUGUUUUGUUAGGAAUGUAUUCGCUAAUCCUGUUUUUUCUUAAGGUCCCAUCUAUGUCAAUGGACUUGUGAGAUUAAAUUGUUCUCUUUUUUCUCUCGUCUUAACUCCUGUUACCCCAACCCCGUAGGUCAGUGUUUCCCAACUUUUAUUGAGCCAAGGCACGUAGUUUGUAUCAGAAAAAUGUCACGCCACACACACUAUACACACACACACACACACAUAUAUAUAUAUAUGUGUGUGUGUGUGUGUAUAUAGUCAAAUCAAUUUGGUGUGAAAUCUGGGCUUGUGUAGUUGUUGUAUGACUGAAUGAACACGUUAAUUGUAUUUUCUGCCCUCUAGUGGAAGAGCAUUUAAAUUGUUAAAUUGUUCUGCCCGUCACUAUACAUUACCGGCAUAGACGAACUAAGAGCAAGGAUUUGGAGUCAAUAAUUUUUAGACCGGUUAAGUGAAAGUGGAUCAUUUCUGGUUGGGAAUCACCGCUGUAGACUGACUAUGUUAAUUCAGUGUAGUUUAGAGACAACAUCAUUUUUCUCCUGAGUAAAAGUAUUCGAAAGUAGUUCAAAGCACCUUUUAAGACAAGACAGGAUGGCCUUCACCAAAUAUUAGCCAUGUACAAAUAAAAACGUAUAUCCGUUCAUGUAUUCCUUGACACAGCAUUUUGUAUUGAUCUCCUUUUUUUAAUAAAACGAACUGUCGGCAAAUUUUAA